AUGAACGACGGAAUAACGGCUACGGAAUCAAGUGUUGGAAUUAAAGAAGACUCAAAGUCCUUAGACACCAACCAACAUUUAGAUUCAAAAUCCUUUGUCAAUGGGAUCAAGUCGACAGAGAAGCCAACGACCAGCCCUCAUAGACAUCUACUGGAAGUGAUACCACAAUUUGAUUUGGAAGACAUUGGAGAGAGGGUUGAGCCGAUUAAUACCGAAGUUAAGAACAUACUUAUAACGGGCGGAGCUGGAUUUAUUGGUUGUUUCCUAGUUCGCAAAAUUGUUGUGCUAUAUCCAGAGUAUAAUGUUGUUGUAGUGGAUAAGUUGGACUAUUGCGGCAGUUUGCGGAAUGUUGGAAUCCUCAAAGGAAUGCCGAAUUACACUUUCAUAAAG